AUGCGUGUAAAUCUCUGUCGAUCAUUACGGGCCGCUGGUGUAAUGACCAGCAAGAUAGCGGAAGGUUAUCAACAAAAUUCAAAAUGGCAAAGAAACGGUGGAAAGCGAUUUGUUGAGAACGAAGUCGUACCAUAUCUUGGCAACGAUAUCUUGGAUUUAGGCUGUGGUACUGGCGAGCUGUCCGCAUACCUUGCCGAACUUGUAGGGCCGAAAGGUAGAGUUUUAGCAGUCGACCCUGACAAAGAGCGCAUUCGAGUGGCUCAAGAAUCGCACAAAGAAGUAGAAAACCUCACAUUUGCUCCUGGAAGCACCUUGAGCUUUCCAGGCCUGGGUUUGGAGACUUACAAUGUUAUCUUCUCAAAUUUUGUUCUUCACUGGAUAAAGAACAUUGAGGAUAAGAAAAAUGCCUUCCAAAACAUGUUUAGGAGCUUGAAGCCGACGGGGAAAAUUUUUAUGCGAUAUAGUGGUCGGUUGCCUACUCACUUUGACGGUGUCUUUCGCGAGCUCAACCCAGAAAAUAUGGAUCGUUUACUAAACCUGUUCGAACAUGAAACAAGACCAGUCAUUGAAAAAUUGUGUGAGGCCAAUGGAUUCCGCGUUCUGAAAAGUUUUGACGAGAAGCACGAUGAUCUCGCGUUUGAAAAUGGCGAAGCUCUGUGUUUAUUUUUCUGGGCGACUACAAACGGUGUAUUCGAUCCACAGCUGGUUACUGAAGAACGACUUGAAAAGUUUUGCGCUCGGUUUUCAAGUGGAGAAACUGGCGGGAUUAAGUUGCGUUCGGAAGAGACCGAUUUAUGCAGUGUUUUAGUGGCUGAGAAACCAGCAGAGUAUAAAUAG